AUGGAGUGCAACAAUGUGUGCUCUAUUCUUUUAAAAUUUGGAGGAUGCUGGACUGAGGUGAAGGGUCAAAAUAGGAUGAAAUAUGUCGGUGGAAAUCAGAAAACUUUGAAAUUUGAAAGAAGUCACAUUAAUUUGUUGUUAUUGAAAGAACAGACCGAAGCAAUUUGCCAGUGGAUUAGGGGUCAUGCCUAUGAUCUACAUUAUCAUAUUAGUGGAACAUCGCCUAAAAUGUACAUGCCAAUUAAAAGUGAGAAUGAUGUGAUUGACAUGCUUUUAGGUUCCCGCAAUGUCAACAAAGUUGAGGUGGUGGUUGUAGUGAUAGAUCAUCAAGAAGGUAUGAUUUAUACGGAUGAAACUCAACGUGGCUGUGUGCAAGAUGUAAGUGCCACGAAUACGGUGAACAAUGACAUAUUAGUAGAUGGUUUGUAUGAUGCUUCAUUUGUGGGUGGAGUUGAAGAAACAAAUAUUUUAUGUGUAGGUUCCCGUUUUGAGGAUUCGUCAAGUUUCAAGCAAGCUAUUCGUUCUAAUGCAAUAUUACAGAACUUUGCAAUUAGAAUAAAGGCAAGUGACAAAUCAAGAGUUAUUGCUACAUGCACAUAUCGUGGUUGUCCAUGGAGAAUACGCGCCUCUUUAUGUUCAGAUGGCCAUUCUUUUGAAGUUAGAAAAUUACUCUCGACACAUUUAUGUCCAGGAGUUAACAGAGCUGGGAACAAACAAGCUACCUCAAGCUGGAUUGCUCAUGAAAUUCAGGACAUUGUGAAAAGGAAUCCUGAUGUUACUCCAAAGGAUAUUGGUAAUAACUUAGAGACCACUUUUGGAUUAUCUUUACCAUACAUGAAAAUAUGGCGUUCAAGGGAGUUAGCAAGAGAGCAAAUGUUUGGUUCAGUUGAUGAUAACUACAAAUGGGUGCCGACAUUGAGGUCAGAGUUAUUGAAUAGGAAUCCUGGUUCACAUAUAACAUACCAAUGUGACAAACAAAAUGGCUCAUUUAAGAGGUUUUUUGUUAGCUUCAAGGUUUGCAUUGAUGGUUUCCUUGCCGGUUGUCGAUAUUUAAUUGGCAUUGAUGCUUGCCAUCUAAAAUCAAAAUAUUUAGGCGUCCUCCUUUCUGCUAAUUCGUUGGAUGGGAAUAAUGGUUUAUUUAAUAUUGCAUUUGCCGUUGCUGAAUCUGAAUCGAAGAAGAGUUGGGAGUGGUUUCUUAUGAAUUUGUCCCAAUCUUUUGAUGUUCAUAUAGAACAUUUAGCAUUUAUUUCAGAUAUGGAGAAAGGGCUUGGUGAAGCAAUUAAAACUGUCUUUCCUCAUGCCGAGCACAGACUCACAUGA